GCACAACUGCCUGUCUGCGUAGGAGCUGUCAUGAGCAGGAGCUGCUGUCUCCUCUGUCUGCCUCAACUUUGUGACUUUUGGAUCUUGCUGCUGUUUUUCAUUAAAACUGAGACGGACGCUUACAAGAGGAAGUUGAGAAAGUGCUGUGAACUGCCAGCAGCGGAGCAGAAGCCGUGCGCCUCCUUCUGUUUUAUUUCCUUGUGGAUUGUUGCCUCCAAAGACUGAUUAGUAAGCAUCUGCUGUUAACCUUUUGCGGUCUUGUUCUUUGAGGCGAGUUGAUAUGGAAUGUGACCCCUGACACUGCGUAGCUGGGUGCUUUGGAAUAAAAGUGAUCAGUGCUGAAAAGGGAGUGGGGACAAAAGCCACAAAAAAGCUUUUGGUCUUCUCACUAUGCCAGUAGAAACUCUGCAAGCAGACAGAAUGGUCCGGCAAGUUUCAUCCAGCGCAACCUUCACAUCUGCCAUGCCUUUCCGAAUCCUCAACAAGGGGCCGGAAUAUUUCCGUCGACCGCCUGAGCCCAGCAGCAAGAAGCCCAGCGCAGUCGAGCGACUGGAGGCCGACAAGGCAAAGUAUGUCAAGAGCCAGCAGGUUGUCUGCACUCGGCAGGAGCCUGUGAAACCGCCGGUGAUUAAGAAACCCCUGACGCCCGCUCUCCUGCAAAACACCCCCACCAGGAAAGCACCUCUGGCACUGCGAAGGGGGGAAGGACGAAGGAACGUUCUUAAUGUGGAUAUCUUGAAUAAUCUGAUCAAUAUCUGUGACAGCCCCCUGUCCUCUCCCAAACUUGUGCCCGACGGCCCUGCUGUCACAAGACCGCAGACGCCUAAAUGGGAAAAGCAAAUUUCUGCCGACAAGCCCACAGGAUAUUCCAAACUUUCGGACAGCUGUAGCACCCUGUGCAAGAAUGCACCCAGUUCGGUGACAGUACGGAGAGUGGACGUUAAACCUCUGGUGACUCAACAGCCGAAACAGAAAACCCUGGGCUUCAUCAGCCCCCCUCCUCCAUCUCCUGCCAUCACUAGGAUUUCAUCCACCAGUUCCAGAAGUUCUCGAAAGGGCACGGCAGAAAGUGGACGCAAGCAGCCCUCGUUGCACCGUUCCAAAUCGGACUUGAGUGACAGGUACUCUCGGGCCACCGCUGACUUGGAGCGCUUCUUUAACUACUGUGGCUUAGACCCCCAGGAGAUUGAGCACAUUGGCGUCGAACACUUUGUACGGGCCAGCUCGGAUAUUGUUUCCAACAAGUUUCCCAGUGUCAGCACGCCCAGUUCGGAGUGCGGCCAAUCCCAACAGAGCAACCACACGGAGGAGAAGUCCAAUGAGCGUGUGCCCUAUGGCAUCUCCAUCAUCGAGAGGAAUGCUCGGGUCAUUAAGUGGCUGUAUGGCAUCCGGCAAGCCAGGGAAACGCAGAAGGUGUCCAAUGUGUAGUUUUGAAAGGACAAAAUGGGCACGCUCUUAAGUGACUUCCCAUUGAUUUGACUGCUUUCAUUUUUUAUUUUGAAAUGAUUGACCUCUAAAGAAUGGGUUUGUUGCCUUUUUUUUUUCUCUCUUAAUAUAGUGCCCUUAAAAUGAAUGGGGGGAAAAAAAAAAGUGUUAAGUGGCAAAAGUGAAAGAGACUUUAAGGCCUGGCUGCUGAUCCACAAAAAGAGCUGAAAAUGCAGAUUACAAUAGAAGUGCUGCAGGUGAAAUGUAAUCAAAAGAGAGUCGUCACUGGUCAAUGCCACCGAUGAACCUGACGUUUAAUCUUUAGUUAGUCUAGCUUCAACACGAGGGGUAGUGGGGGGGCGGUGAGUGAGUUAAAGCCACAAAAUGUCAUUUAUGUCUGCAACUUUUCAUUUAGAGCAGCGAGGGGCUGGCGAUUCGGAGUGCAGAUUGAGUCCCCCUUUCUUUCUUUCACCGUGGGGAGGUGUAGUUGCUCUUUCUGGUGUUCCGUUAGUUUUGCUUCUUAUUCCCGUUCGCCGGUGAGCUUUCACAAGGUGUCACACGCUUUGGGUUAGGCAACAGCCAGCCGGGAGCACAUGGAAAAUAUGUGGGGAAUGGCAUUCGAGCGGUCACGCAAGUGAAUGGAAAGACAAAAAGGGACGGUGUCGUUGAUCUUGACAGAUUAAGCGACUGUGAUGAGACCAAAAUCGUAGCUUCUCCAGGUCCUGAGGAAAUAUGAAUGGACUGUGAACAGAUGUUUGUCCGCUUUUCCCGUGCUAGAAUCGGACAGCUUUUAGGGCGCCUUUUGUGUCAGAGGAGUAGCAAAAGGCACCAUCACCCUACUUAUGUAAUCAGAUUUUGCACAACCACUACAGGUCGGAUCUUUUCAUCUCGCACCAAAGAUUCGACCGAAAGCCUGGAGCACAUAUUGCUUACAUCUGCUCUCCAUUAUUUCAUAUAUGUGUGUGUAUAUAUAUAUAUAUAUAUAUGUGUGUGUGUGUGUGUGUGGCACAGAGAGAGCAGUUUCUUGUUUAGCCAGACAGAAAGAUGCAGAUAAGGGGGGGUUGGGAAAAGGUUGGCACAGUAUCUGGUAAAUAUUGAACAGCACGUACGAUUGGUUACGACUAGAAAUGAAACACGACCUAUUACACCCACUGCUUACUCGCAUCACUGGGGGGGGAAAAAAAAGAACUGGUACUAACGGUACGAAAUCCUGGAAGUUUGAAGCUUUGUCGUUUUGAAAAGGGGGGGCAGCCUAACCAGGUGCAUGAAUCAAACGUGACUUCACCAUGUGGGCCGAGUUUCAAACAUGUGGGUUUGUUAUCAAGUUAAACUCUGGUCCUGUCGAGCAUUCUGGGGAAAUUCCGCUCUUAGUGUACUGAUGUCAGUUUUUGUUUUGUUUCUGGAAAGAAAAUGAAUGUGUUUUUUUAAAUGUAAAGUUGGGGAGGCAGGGGUAUAUCAAAGAACUAUUUGAAAUUGAAAUAGAUUUUUUUUCAUUCAUAUUUAUUAAGCCA